CAAAGGUCCUGUGGGAGGAGAGAGCUAGGCCCUGCUGGCUGCACUGGGGGAGCGUGGGGAGCAAGCGGGUCCAGGAGAACACCGUGUGCUGCGUGUGCUGCGCUAAGAAGCCUGGAGAGGAACAUGGCACUGCUCCGGGGGCUCCUGGUACUCAGCUUGUCCUGCCUGCAAGGUCCCUGUUCCACGUUCCCUCCUGUGAGCGCCGUGGAUCUCCCGGGCCAGCAGCCAGUGAGUGAGCAGACCCAGCAGAAGCUGCCCCUGCCUGCCCUCUUCAAGUUGGACAACCAGGAUUUUGGUGACCAUGCUACCCUCAAGAGGUCCCCAGGACACUGCAAGAGUGCCCCAACUGCAGAGGAGACUCGCAGGCUGGCUCAGGCCAUGAUGGCUUUUACUACUGACCUGUUCUCUUUGGUGGCCCAAACAUCUACCAGCUCCAACCUUGUCCUGUCACCCCUUAGUGUGGCCCUAGCGCUCUCUCACCUGGCACUAGGUGCUCAGAACCAAACACUACACAGCUUGCAUCGAGUGUUGCACAUGAACACAGGAUCCUGCCUCCCACAUCUACUGAGCCAUUUCUACCAGAACCUAGGCCCAGGGACAAUCCGACUGGCUGCCAGAAUAUAUCUGCAGAAAGGAUUUCCCAUCAAAGACGAUUUCCUGGAGCAAUCGGAAAGGCUCUUUGGUGCGAAGCCCGUGAAACUGACUGGAAAGCAGGAGGAAGACCUGGUGAACAUCAACCAAUGGGUGAAGGAGGCCACAGAGGGGAAGAUUGAAGAUUUCCUCUCUGAGCUGCCGGAUAGCACCGUGCUGCUCCUCCUCAAUGCCAUCCACUUUCACGGUUUCUGGAGGACCAAGUUUGACCCGAGCCUCACCCAGAAAGAUUUCUUCCACCUGGAUGAGCGGUUCACGGUGUCGGUGGACAUGAUGCAUGCGGUGUCCUAUCCUCUUCGAUGGUUCCUGCUGGAGCAACCUGAGAUACAGGUGGCUCAUUUCCCCUUUAAGAACAACAUGAGCUUUGUGGUCGUGAUGCCCACUUAUUUUGAGUGGAACGUGUCCGAGGUACUAGCCAACCUGACCUGGGAUACUCUAUACCAUCCCUCGCUGCAGGAGAGGCCCACCAAGGUGUGGCUGCCUAAACUCCAUCUGCAACAGCAGCUGGACCUGGUGGCCACCCUCAGCCAGCUGGGCCUGCAGGAAUUGUUCCAGGGCCCAGACCUGCGUGGGAUCUCUGAGCAGAAUUUGGUGGUGUCUAGUGUGCAACAUCAGUCUACCAUGGAGCUCAGCGAGGCUGGUGUGGAGGCAGCCGCAGCUACCAGCAUAGCCAUGAAUCGAAUGUCCCUCUCCUCCUUCACUGUGAACCGACCCUUCCUCUUCUUCAUCAUGGAGGACACCAUAGGCGUGCCCCUCUUUGUGGGCAGCGUGAGGAACCCUAACCCCAGCGCGCUGCCCCAGCUCCAGGAACAGCGAGAUUCCCCUGACAACAGGCUCGUAGGCCAGAAUGACAAAGCUGACUUCCAUGGAGACAAGACCUUUGGUCCUGACUUGAAACUUGCACCCCGCAUGGAGGAAGACUACCCCCAGUUCAGCUCCCCCAAGUGAGGAAGGGCCCUUGGCAGCAGCAUCCUGAGUCCCCACCUGGAUCAGCCUCUCAGCUCCUGUGACUCUUUCUAACCAGCUUUGUGGGAUAGGGUGGGACCGGAAGGACCAUCACCAGUGUAGAAGCUGUUCUCUUGCAGCAGGUGGGGUGGGGCCUGGAAGAAGGCAGGCACGGGGAAUCUUCAUUUCUUCCCAAGGGGCUCAGGGGGUGAUCUUUUGUGGGCUGGCACUUGUGGACACAGUUUUGGCUAGAGGUAGGUUAGGCGAGUCCCUAACUUAGGGUCCCUCCACGAUUUGUAAGCAGAGGCUGGAGAAGCCAUCUUUAGACAUAUCCCAAACACCCUGGGUAGGAAAAGGAGAGACAAGUGUUGGUCUCCCGAGCUUAGACUGGCCUUGGUGUUAUACUUCAUGGGUGGAGGCUGACCUACCCUACAAGAGUGUCCCUUGCUGAAGACAUUCAGGUCCCCAACCUGUGUCCUGUCACCCAAGUCACCCCUCUGGUUUUUGGAGAUGCCAACACUGCCUGGAGUCUUCCUCCUUCGUCUCUUUCUUGUCCUCCCCUGCCAGGAAUCUUGGGGAUUGAGGCAAGGAAGGGACCCUUUAGCUCCCAAGACUCUUUUGUAAAGUUUUUGUAGUGAUUUUUAUGCCACCUGAAUAAAGAAUGAAUGGGCCGGG